AUGGCUACUCCCACUCCCAUGCCAGCCAGAGGCGAUCGAAACGCCCCAGUCUUUGAUUCGUCCAAGCCCCACGAGUUGCGCCGUUAUUUCCUCGAUCUGGAGUUCCUUCUAGCUCGAUCUGCCGUCACUGACGCUGCCCAAAUGAAGGGGCAUGCGGUCAGAUUCCUUUCCGUCGAAGAUCAGGAGAUUUGGGAAGGUCUACCGUCAUUCUCAGACGCCAACAAAUCGUACCACGACUUCAAAUUGGACGCCCUCAGCCUCUACGCAGGGAACGACACAGAUCGUCGUUUCAGCCUCGACGAUUUGGACAUGCUCGUUGGGCAGACAUCUCGCAUGGGAAUCCACACAAAGGACGACCUCACACAAUUUUAUCGACGAUUCCUACACAUCACAACAUUCCUGAUUAGCAAACAACGACUCUCUGUGGCAGAACAGAGCCGAUUUUUCCUUCGAGCUAUGAAUCCAGCCUCGUUGUCCGUCUCAGUUCGCCAGAGACUUCAGAUCAAGAAGCCAGACGUUCACCCUGAGGAUCCAUAUGAUUUGUCAGAUCUGUACGACGCUGCUAAAUUCGUCCUUUCAGGAUCAUCGACCUUACUUCCUGGAAUGCCCACGUCUCAGCCCGGAACCGAGCUCACAAUCAAAUCAGACCCUGGAAUUACUGCACUAGUUUCAUCCGUCUCAGAUCUAGUUCGAAUAAUCGCUGCUCAACACGCCAAUCCUGGUGCCCCAGCACAAUCACAGUCCGCCAACGCCCUGCCCCGCCGUCGCCGUCCUGAUGGCUGCAGUUAUUGCAGUGAUCUCGAGCAUUUUAUCAGCCAAUGUCCCCACGUUUCGACGGAUAUUCGAGACGGAAAAUGCCGCCGCAAUGUGGAUGGGAAAGUCGUCCUCCCCUCAGGUGCAUAUGUGCCAAAUAUUGUCCAAGGAAAGGAUCUUCGAGAGCGCAUUCAGAAGUGGCAUGAAGCGAACCCAGGUCAGGCAGCAGCUCCGCAGAUGAUUUUGGAAGUUUCUCACCAGAAUUUGCUGUCUUCUGCGGCGCCUGGGCUCGUUCAAACGUUCAAACUCACGGAAAAAGAACGAAUGGCAGUUCUGACGGCUGAAAUUAAUCAACUACGCACACGGGCCCAAGCUAAACGCGCUAUGGAAGUUGCUAAUCAACCAGAAAUCCCUGAACGCACUAUUCCACCGGCGGUAGCGCGAAAUCCAGUCGUUCCACCUGUUCCAAUCGAAACCGUCCCUCCUGCGACCGCCCCUGCUGCUCCAGUUGCCCCGCCUCAACCCCCAAUCCAUCCGUACGCCGCAGCUCGUGAUGGCGCUUACGCACCGCCCAAAGAACGAAAUGUUGGGAUUCCAGCGCAGAAAUCACAACCCCCACGCUCUUCGGCUCCGAUCUACAACCCCAAAGAUGCUGCAGCUGUUUUCGACGCCAUUUUGGACAUCCCUGUCACCCAGACGCUUCGCCAGACCCUGUCGAUUGCCCCAGAAGUCCGUGCUCAAUUCCGCGAAGCCACUAGUUUCCGUCGUCCCCCUGCCAAGACUGGCGAGGCAGUGCCUCAAUUCCUGCAUCCUGUCACUGAUAGCACGCCCUACGACCUUCCAUAUGCUCAGGACGACUCAGAUUUGGUCGAAAAGAUGCUUCAGCAGCAACGAAACGAAGAUGCACGCCUUGCUUUGGCUGCGGAGCAUUUUCCAGUCGCCUACAGUCAGACAUUGCCCCCAGACGCUUGGGUGGUCCCAGAUAAAUUCGCCCGACCCAGGAUUCAACUCCUGGUUCAAAAUUCGUUCCCAUAUUUUCUUUGA